AUGGAAAUCACCAGCGACAGCAUAAAAAAUCAAGCAUGGCAUUUGAAAAGCAGAAAUAACAGCACAGUAGAAAAACAGUCAAUGUCAAAUGCAGUGUACUACUCCUCAGUGGUAGCUUCCAUGUCGUCCAUGCUUUUUGGAGUGUCGUUGACAAUAAUGGGCUCAAUGCAUUCCAGAGUCAUGUCGGUGUGGAGCUCUACAAUGAACGAUGCAGAAAUGGAUACAAGGUGGGGACAUACUUCUGGCGCCAUCUUCCUUGGAUGUCUUGUUUCGAACAUUGCAAUAAACAUGUACAAGCCAAACUUCAAGAUGACGCUGAGGAUGAACAACUUCCUAUAUGCACUCGGAUACUUGAGCUUUCUUAUAUCUCAGAGCUUUGUGUUAGUGUUUUUUGGACGCUUUAUACUAGGGCUUGCAUCUGGAAUAGCAUGUGCCGUAGUCUCACCUUACAUCUCAAUGAUAGCACCUGAAAAAAACAGAGGGUUUCUACUGUCUUUCCAUUCACUUGGGAUCAUUGUGGGAAUAACACUUGGAAAUGUCCUUGCAUGCAUAAAUGGAAUGCGUACAUGGUGGAUUCCCAGCUGCAUAGCCAUCAUAAUUGCCUCACUGAACUUCAUUGUGCUCAAUGGUGUACGAGAUCCGCGCUUAAGCAGAAGCGAGGCUUCAAAGUCCGUAAUAGAUCUCCUUGAGAAGAGAUGUGCAAAGAGAUCAAUAUUUCUUGCAGUCCUUGUGCAUAUAUCACAACAUCUCAGCGGGGUGGACUACAUAACACUCUUCCUCAGAGACUUGUUUUCAAACGGCAAGUACAUGUAUUCAGCAGACACCAUGACAAUUCUUGCCUCGCUCUUUUCUGUGUUCACCACAAUCAUAUUCGCAAACUACGUGGACAAAGUUGGAAGAAAGCCAAUGAUCAUAAUCAGUUCAAUGGUAAUAAGCAUAUCGACAACAAUGCUGACAAUGAACAUGUAUCCGGCAAUAGCAGCACUUUUAUUCAUGUUGGGAUACAACCUUGGAUUGAGCUCAAUCCCAUGGUUCAUAACCGCUGAAAUAUUCCCGUUGAGUUACUCAAGCCCUGCAGGUCUACUGGCUGUGUCUUUGAAUUGGAUCUCUGCAUAUGGAAUCCUUGCAAUCUUCUAUCCACUGCAUAAGGCACAUGGAAACAUUGUGUUUUCGUUCUACACUGUAUGCAUGCUGGUGUUCAUUGGAUUGAUAAUUUGCUUCUUUAAAGAAACAAGGAAUAGAACACCUGGCUUCCAAUAA